AUCAUCAACUUACAAUGCCAAAACCGUUCCAGCCCAUCAGCGAUAUCUUGAACACUACCAGCCCUACCAAGCCCCAGUCGUUCAACGAGAUCUAUGGUGAGCCCGAGAAUUUCUUGGAAAUCGAGGUACGCAGUGCCCAGACCCACAAUACCGGCCGCGAAGUCUUCACCGACUACGAGGUGGUGUGCAGAACCAACAUUCCAGCAUUCAAAAAACGCCAUAGUAAAGUCCGUAGGCGGUACUCAGAUUUCGUACGGUUGAAGCAAAUUCUCGAAACGGAGACAUCUCGGGUGGUGAUUCCUCUGUUGCCAGGGAAGAUCUUACUCAAUUCGAACAAAUUCAACGAUUUGAAUAUUGAGAAACGAAGACAAGGCCUUGAAAAGUUUUUGAGCAUUGUGAGUGGGCACCCACUCCUACAGACCGGAUCUAAAACCCUCAUAGACUUUAUCCAAGAUGACAAGUGGGACCCCAAGCCGUUAAACUAUUACUAGGGAGUUAAGCCCGAUUAGGGUGGGAGGCCAAGCUCCGGAUAUCGAUACCCAAGCUCCGAUGGUCUAGAGCCAAGCUCCGGACCCCCGACGCCCAAGCUCCGGACCUCGAUAUUCCCCUUCAGGUGCUCGUAUAACCAGUCCCUCGGGGUCGAUCUCCGAGCUGGUAGCUUCUUCGACGUCUCCUGGUGGUAGAGUCCAAAUUCUCUCCCCGAGCAGAGGCGUUCAUGACUGAAAAUCAAACACUGCAUCUCUAUUACCGACAAAACAUUACUAAACCCCCAAAUGUACAUUCAUUGUAUCGUUCUUCAUAACCUUCUCCACAAUUGACAUUGACUGUCAUGAUCAACUUCGACCCCAUACACCCAACGCUUUCGCACGUUGGGCAUGGGCGUAUGGAUCACACUAAAGCCCGAAUGUCGAGCACGACAUUCAACCCUCGUAAACGCCGGUCGGUGUUUACUUGACCCGGAAUAUAGGAGACGUAGGCAUACACCGACAUUUUGCACCUCGUAUAGUUAAGACGCUCAUCCUGGUUGGGCCUGGGAGCUGCUUGGGAGUACCAAAAGUUUGCAGCAACUUGCGAGGGUAGGGUGGCCGUUGGUCGGAAGGUGCCGCGGGUGCUUACGUCUUAUAACUGGCUACAAUUCUUAUGGUUCUAUA